UUCACCUCGGAGGGCGGGGGAAGUUAAGUCGUGUGGGAGAGAGUUAAGUCGUGUGCUCGUAGAGCCGCAGAAGAGCACGGACUGGGCGGGGGUUGCGCUAUCAUCAGGCAUGUUGCCUGCCGGGCUCUAAGAGGUACCCGUGAGGUUGGGCCGCUGGGCUGUCGGUCGUGGUGCUUGGUUGGAUUUCUCUCGCUUGGUGGCCUCUUGAGAGUGUACGGCGCUACUUCUGCGCUGCUGGGAGGAGUCUCCGAGCUCUCAUCGCCCUCUGUUCCUGCUUCGAUUCCUCGUUGCCCUGAGACAGGUUGCCGGCACAGAUACCCAGGCAUCGGGAGAUAUCUUGUAUCCCGAGGACCCGUCUCAUGGAAGAUACGGUUGUCUGAAGCUUAGUUUUUCUAUUGUGAUGAUAUCAUGGAAAAUCAAUUGGUUAAAUCAACUGAAGAACGAACAUUCCAGUACCAGGAUUCUCUUCCAUCACUGCCUGUUCCUUCACUUGAAGACUCAUUAAAAAAAUAUCUUGAAUCAGUAAAGCCAUUUGCAAAUGAAGAAGAAUAUAAGAAAACUGAAGAAAUAGUUAAAAAAUUUCAAAAUGGAAUUGGAGAAAAAUUGCACCAGAAAUUGCUUGAAAGGGCAAAAGGAAAAAGAAAUUGGCUGGAAGAGUGGUGGCUAAAUGUUGCCUACCUGGAUGUUCGUAUACCAUCACAACUGAAUGUCAACUUUGCGGGUCCUGUGGCCCAUUUUGAACACUACUGGCCUCCAAAGGAAGACACUCAAUUAGAAAGAGGAAGUAUAAUUCUUUGGCAUAACAUGAACUAUUGGCAGCUAUUAAGAAAAGAAAAAGUGCCAGUUCAGAAAGUUGGAAAUACUCCUCUAGAUAUGAAUCAAUUCCGAAUGCUGUUUUCUACUUGCAAGGUGCCAGGAAUUAGUAGAGAUUCAAUUAUGAGUUAUUUUAGGACUGAGAGUGAAGGGCAUUCCCCAAGUCACAUUGCAGUCCUGUGUCGAGGCCGAGUUUUUGUCUUUGACGUAAUACAUGAAGGAUGUUUGAUCACCCCACCAGAGCUUCUCAGACAAUUGACCUACAUUUACGAGAAGUGCCAUGGUGAACCUGAUGGACCUGGGAUAGCAGCAUUAACUAGUGAGGAGAGAACUCAGUGGGCUAAGGCACGAGAAUAUCUGAUAGGUCUUGAUCCAGAGAACUUGACUUCGUUAGAAAAAAUUCAGAGCAGUUUGCUGGUAUACUCCAUAGAGGAUAGCAGUCCACAUGUAACACCAGAAGAUUAUACUCAGGUAACUGCAAUGCUCCUUAUUGGAGAUCCAACAGUACGGUGGGGUGACAAAUCCUAUAACCUGAUUUCCUUCUCAAAUGGAGUAUUUGGCUGUAAUUGUGAUCAUGCUCCUUUUGAUGCAAUGGUUAUGGUGAACAUCAGCUAUUAUGUUGAUGAGAAAAUUUUAGAGAAUGAAGGAAGAUGGAAGGGUUCAGAAAAAGUGCGGGAUAUACCACUUCCAGAGGAGCUUGUUUUCACUGUGGAUGAGAAAGUAUUAAGUGACAUCAACCAAGCUAAAGCCCAGUAUCUCAAGCAGGCAUCUGAUUUGCAGAUUGUGUCAUAUGCCUUUACAUCUUUUGGCAAAAAGCUUACCAAGAAGAUGAUGCUUCACCCUGAUACAUUUAUUCAGCUUGCACUUCAGCUGGCCUAUUACAGACUUCAUGGACGCCCUGGUUGCUGCUAUGAGACAGCUAUGACACGAUAUUUUUAUCAUGGCCGUACAGAGACUAUGCGAUCAUGUACAGUAGAAGCCGUCAGCUGGUGUCAGACCAUGCAGGACUCUUCUACCAGCCUUCUUGAGCGGCAAGAAAAGAUGUUACAAGCUUUUGCAAAGCAUAAUAAAAUGAUGAAAGAUUGUUCAACUGGAAAAGGAUUUGACCGUCACCUUUUAGGUCUUUUACUCAUAGCAAAAGAGGAAGGUCUUCCUGUUCCAGAACUCUUUACAGACCCGCUUUUCUCCAAAAGUGGAGGAGGUGGAAAUUUUGUUCUCUCAACAAGUCUGAUUGGUUAUUUACGAGUCCAUGGAGUGGUGGUUCCCAUGGUACAUAAUGGAUAUGGAUUUUUCUAUCAAAUCCGAGAUGACAGGUUUGUUGUGUCCUGUACAGCCUGGAAAUCAUGUCCGGAGACUGAUGCAGAAAAGCUAGUUCAGCUGAUUUUUGUUGCUUUCCAUGAUAUGAUACAGCUGAUGAACACUGCUCAUCUUUAGAGCCUAAUCAUUCAUUAAGCACUUACCAAAAUACAUCAUUAAACUGGAUGCUGGCAGUAGGUUGGUAAUAUGAGAUGGGGAGGAAUGAUGACUUAGUAAAGGAAACUUGUUAAAUGUAGAAAUAAGUAGAAUCAUGCUGUCUAAAAUUAUUCUGCCAUAGCAGGUAGAAUAUUUUUAAACUUCCUCUGAUGCAGCAGCAAUGCAAACUAUAAUAUAGUGAAUACAGAACUAUGCAAUAUUUAAAAUAAAGCUCAACAAUGCACAUUUACAAA